CUCCAUCACGUGAUAGAACCAGGAAGUGAACUCCUGGUCGAAAUUCCAAAAGUUGAACGAUCCAUUUAUUAGAGAACAGUAGCAUACAAUCCUCGAACUGAUUGUGCAAGGAAAGCGUGUACCGCUUUUAUAAACUCUGUUUCCAACGUGACCGGUGGUUAAUAUUGUUUUAUUACAGUUAUAUGUUCGGGUGUUAUGGCAGCAGGAGCACAGGGCAGGUUGUCCAGUUAAUGCGCAUGCGGCAGCAGAAGUGUGGGAAAGAUAGAGACCGCAUGAUAUGCCAGCUCUUGCAAUGUCCGAGACCGAGGACUGUCAAAGGCGCUUUCAGGCGGCUGUCGACGUCAUUCAAACCCUGCCCAAAAAUGGUUCCUACAGACCCUCUUAUGAAGUGAUGCUGCGGUUUUAUGGCCUGUACAAACAGGCGGUCAGUGGCCCAUGUACAGCGCCACGCCCUGGAUUCUGGGACCCUAUAGGCCGUUACAAAUGGGAUGCUUGGAAUCAGCUGAGAGACAUGAGUCGAGAGAGUGCCAUGGCUGCUUAUGUGGAUGAAAUGAAGAAAGUUGCACAAGAGGUAAUAAACACCAUGCAAAUCAAUGAGAAGACUGCAUCCUUUUUCCACUAUUUUGAACCUCUCUACCAUGUCAUUCAUGAUAUGCCUAGACCUCCAGAGGCAGUUUUAUCUCUCAGAUCAGAUGUAAAUACCAAGGAAACAAUUGAUGGUUUGGCUGAACAUGAUGUGGAGAAGGCAACUCAAGAGCCGGCUCUUCAACAGGAGGACACAGAGACAGUCCUUGACAAUGAACUUCAACCUGAGAGCACAGAGCCACUUCUGUCUCGGGGUCAGGGGCCGACUAGUGACUCAGAGAGUGAAGUCUUUUGUGACUCAUUGGAACAGCUGGACACUAUAAGGCUUGCUGCAAUGCCAGGUGGUAAUUCCAGUUUCCAGAAUGGGGAUGCACAGACUGAGACCUCUGGAAUCCAGGAGCAUCAUUACAGCCCCCUCUCUCAGGUGACUCAGAUGGGUGCUGGACAUGGUGGUGAGGGGGCAGAAGAUAGGCAUGGUCGUCCCAUGAGGAGGAGGACCACAGAAAGACAGGAAAUGCAGCAGGACAGGAGGGAUCCUUCUGGUUAUAUGUCUCACCGCAAUGCCAGAUGGCCGGAGCGGCUCUCCUCAGGGGCUGGUUCAGGGCAAGGGGGCAGAGACGAUUCUAAAGGUGGGCCUAACGGGCUACAGGACGGCCAGGCGCAGCAGCAGAUCAUUCUUGCCUUACAGCAACUCAGAGAGGCCAUGCAGAGUGUCAUGGAGCGACUAGAGGUAGUUGAAGGUCUUGCAACUGCAAAUGCUCAAAAUUCACAAUGGAGAUCCCAUUUACAAUGCACAGCUGCAGAGGCUGAGGAGAAAUGGUGGCCAUUUGACUUCUCUGGACGCACAUUGCUGCUGUUGUUGGUGUGGCCUUUUGUGACUAAGGGCUUAAUGUUUUUGUUGAGACGGAAGAAGAGAAAGAUUCAUGCGUGCAUAUAAAUUUACUGUACUGAGUAGAAAUUAAAGUAACAGUCAAGCUAAAGAAUGAUCAUAAUUGUGACCUGGUGUUCAAUGAUUCAAUUAUAACUUGUUUGUUAGCGUCAGGUGAAGGCAAGAAAUGUUCUAACCUCAUAUCUCUGAAAUGUGAUCAUUUAAUCUUGUAUGAACAAGAUGAGUGCAGUUCUGGAGUCCAGGAGCUGAUUGUGUUAAUCAAAUGUUCAUUAAGUGUUCUAUGUAAUGCUGGUUAAAUGUAGCUGUGUGCAGAGACUUUGUCAAUAAUGUAUGAUAUCCGUUCUCUGGUAUUUUGAAAAUAAGUCAUGUUAAUUAGCAUGUCGUUGUUAAUGGUUGAAAAUGUAAAUGCCUUCUGCACCACAAAGGAGUAUAGACCUGCUGAUCAUACUUGCAGAAUGCAGACAUUGGCCUUUGCGUGGGGAACAUAACAUGCACAGAUUCAGAAGCCGUCACUCUGAUGAUAAAAGGACCAGCAAUACAAUAUCUUCUGACCAUAAACCA